AGGUUAUUUUUGGGUCAGAGCUGCCGGUUCAGAGUCUGAGCAGCAACGUCCUCAGCCUCCUGUGCCGUCUGCAGGAGUCUCUGUUGGAAGGAUGACCGCCGGAAAUAAGGAGAACGUGCGGCUCUUUGAUGCGGGGGCCAAAGGUCGAGGCCUGAAGGCCAGCAAAGAGUUCAGCACCGGGGAAGUGGUCUUUGCCGAGCCGAGCUACUCUGCCGUGGUGUUUGACAGUCUGGCCUUCCAGGUGUGCCACUGCUGUUUCCGGCGCCAGGCUCAGCUGCAUCGCUGCGGUCAGUGCCGCUUCGCCCACUACUGCAACCGCACCUGCCAGACUGCAUGCUGGGAGGAGCACAAGCAGGAGUGUGCAGCCAUAAGGAAGAGCGGCAAGGCUCCCAGCGAGUCCGUCCGCCUGGCAGCUCGUCUGCUGUGGCGCCUUCAUAAGGACAACGGCCUGGCGUCGGACAGUCAGCUGGUUUCGGUGGACCAGCUGCAGGAACACGUGGACCAGCUGUCUCAGGAGCAGCUCCAGCAGCUCCAGACGGACGUGCGUGUCCUCCAGGACUACUGGUCCUACGGGAGCAAGCAGCACUCUGUUGAAUACAUCUCCCACAUAUUUGGCAUUAUCAAGUGCAACGGAUUCACACUCACUGACCAGAGAGGUCUGCAGGCUGUCGGGGUGGGGCUCUUUCCCAACCUGGCCCUGGUCAACCACGACUGCUGGCCCAACUGCACCGCCAUUCUCAACCACGGCAACCACUCAGCUGUGAGUUCUGCUCUUCAUUCUCCGAGGAGGAUCGAGGUUCGGACUCUGGGGAAGAUCUCUGAGGGCGAGGAGCUGACCAUCAGCUAUGUGGACUUCCUGCAGCUGUCUGCAGACCGUCAGAAGCAGCUGAAAGAGCAGUUCCACUUUGAGUGCUCCUGCAAGCACUGCAGUCAGCACAUUUCCGAUGACCUGAUGAUGGCGGCAGCAGACGGACAGGACUCUCCGAUCCAGGAAGUCUCAGCCUUCAGUAAGGACAGCCUGGAGAAGAUUGAGAAGUCCCGCCUAGAUGGUGAUUACAGCGAGGUGCUGAGGCUUUGCAGAGAGUGUCUGCAGAAGCAGCGGGGAGUCCUGGCUGACACUCACCUGCACAGACUGCGUGUGCUCAGUAUUGCUGCCGAGGUGCUCUCGUCACUGCGGCAGUUCUCUGAGGCCGCAGACUGCGCCCGCAAGAUGGUGGAGGGAUACAUGAAGCUGUAUCACCCCAACAACGCCCUGCUUGGCAUGGCCAUCAUGCGCGCGGGCGUCACCCUCUGGCACGCGGGGCAGAUCGAGGAGGGUCACAGCCUGAUCUGCAAAGCCUACAGCAUCCUGAUGGUGACCCACGGUCCCAACCACUCCGUCACCCGCGACCUGGAGAAAAUGCGCACACAAACGGAGCAGGAGCUGAAGAUGCUCCAGCAGAACACGGAGGUUUAUCCCCCCAAGAAGCAGAACAUCAGCAGCUGCAGCACAGACGGUGGUGCCAAGGCCUUCCUCCGUGAGCAGUGAAGAACAGGAGGGAGGAGCUCUUCCUCCUCAUCCUCAUCCUGUCUGUGAACCACAGCGGCGUGAAAAAAAAAGUGCAACUGUCUGUUCGUUCCUGAUCAGUUGAAAGCGAACAAAGUGCUGCAGAAAUAACCUUAAACAAAGGAAUAAAGCUGAUUUGCUUUUUGAAAAGUCUUGGCAGGAAAUCGUAGAAACACUGAAAAAAAAACUGCAGACUGCCAAACAAUAGUUACACAUUUGAUGAAAAUGUUACCUAAGGAAAAUAGUUGGUAAUUCUUUUGUCUUUUGGGGUAAAAAAAAAGGUUUUAAAUGAAUAAUAAAUGUGCUUUGAAACAACA